AUGACGGCCGAGGCCGUCACCGCGCUGCGUCACGGCGCGGCCGCCAAGAUGGCGAAGGUGUCGGAGAUGUACGACGUGACUUGGGAAGAUAUGCGUGAUAAAAUGAGGAAAUGGAGGGAAGAAAACUACCGAAACAGUGAACAGAUAGUGGAUGUUGGAGAAGAGUUAAUUAAUGAAUAUGCAUCUAAACUUGGAGAUGACAUUUGGAUAAUUUAUGAGCAGGUGAUGAUUGCUGCCCUGGACUGCAGUCGAGAUGAUUUGGCAUUGUUUUGUCUUCAGGAACUGAGGCGGCAGUUUCCUGGAAGCCACAGAGUUAAACGAUUAACUGGAAUGAGAUUUGAAGCCAUGGAAAGGUAUGAUGAUGCUAUCCAGUUAUAUGACAGAAUUUUACAGGAAGAUUCAACUAAUACAGCAGCAAGAAAGCGUAAGAUUGCCAUUCGAAAAGCCCAGGGGAAAAAUCUCGAGGCCAUCCGAGAGCUGAAUGAGUAUCUGGAACAAUUUGUUGGUGACCAAGAAGCUUGGCAUGAACUUGCAGAACUUUACAUCAAUGAACAUGACUAUGCAAAGGCAGCCUUCUGCUUAGAGGAGCUUAUGAUGACUAAUCCACACAACCACUUAUAUUGUCAACAAUAUGCUGAAGUUAAAUACACUCAGGGGGGGCUUGAAAACCUUGAGCUGUCAAGAAAGUAUUUUGCACAAGCACUGAAGCUUAACAACAGAAAUAUGAGAGCUCUAUUUGGACUUUACAUGUCUGCCAGUCAUAUUGCUUCCAAUCCAAAAGCAAGUGCAAAAAUGAAAAAAGAUAAUAUGAAAUAUGCCAGCUGGGCAGCAAACCAAAUAAACAGAGCAUACCAGUUUGCAGGUCGCAGUAAGAAGGAAACUAAAUACUCUUUGAAGGCAGUGGAAGAUAUGUUGGAGACCCUGCAAAUCACUCAGUCUUAGCUUGGCACAGAGAUCUAAUAUGAAAUUUUCCAAUACCACACUCAACCUGUAAUGACCUGUGGGUUAUGUUACUCUAGUGCUGUUAAAAGUUAAUUUUGUAUUGAUUACGUGCUAUAUAAAAUAACAUUUUAUGAAAAGUAAAAUGCCUAUUUAUUGCUGCUAUAAGAAAUGUGAUGAAUACCCACUGAAAUGAAUAACUUAUCCACAUAAACAACACGAAGAAAUGACGUGCUGCACAUCAGUAUCCUCAGAUUUUUGUAUGUACAGUACCUGCUUCUAAGCCAUAAUUUGUAGAAAUAAAUUGUUAAAUGAUUAAGAAAAUACAGUGACUUAAAUUUAUAUAUGUAGAUUAAUAACAUAUGCUAAAUAUUUUUCUUAUUUGCACAUUUAAGAGUAAAAACAUGCUACCAGGGUACACUUUCUGAAAAAUACAAGGAGUGAUUAUGAGUACACAUUAUUAGAGAAGAAAGUUUGUUAAGAGUUUUCUUAAUGAGUUCAUAUCUAGUACUGUAGAAAUGGAGAAAACUUACUCGUGGACUUUGCUUCAGAAGUGCUGUUGUACUGGCUUAAGGGCAAAGACAUUCUUCUCUGUGCCUUUUUGGGCAAAUGCUUCCAUGUCCACGUAAUUCUCUGAUUGUUGUAUGCAUAUUCCCUUUUUUUUUUCUUCCUUCUCUGUGUCCUUUCUUGUACAUGUGUUCCACAUGGUGAAUUUCAUGUGGGGCUCUGUGCUGGUGUCUGUGUUCUGUGUCCCUGGUAUGGGCACCCCUGCUGUGGCUUCUCCACAUGGAGCAGGGGGUACUGUGCUGAAGGGGUGACAUGAGAGCUUGUUCAGCUGCCUUGCACUUACUGAGAGAUAGUGUUUGUUACACCAUCAGCAUGAAGCAUCUAGCACACUGUAAAACUCUGUUCUGUUUGUCUUCAGACACUUCUUUAUUUACUCAGACAAUGAGUCAAACACCCUCAUUCAAGCAUUUUGCACCUCUGAUCGUUCUGGAUGUUUUUCACAUGUGCACUGUGGCAAUUCAGUUGCACAGCCAUCAUUUCAUUUACUGCAGCUUCAGGAGGAUUGCAUAACAGCAUCAGCGUUCCCUUGGCAAAUUCUAGUACCAGUGUUGCAAUGUUGUUUUCAUGGCUGCUACAACCAUCCGAGAUGAUUAGACUUUCAGAUUUUAUACUGCCUAAUCUAUAUAGAUGGAUAAGUUAAAGUCUGUGUAUUAAACCCUGUUAUCCUGGGCUUGAUGUAAUAAAACACAGCUGAGUUCCUUCUUAAAAACAAACCAGCAACAAAAAAUUCCUUCAAAACUUGUAAAUGUGUAUAACUGAGAUGUUUUUUGCCUGAGACUGGGCCUUCAAGAAGCAUGUAGGAUCUGACUCUUAUCCAUGAAGUAGGUUGGAGUGUGACAGAAUGGAUGCCAUGCCAUGAGAAUUAAUUGUAUGUGGAAUCAUAAAAUAGCUUAAUUCACUGCUGUUGAAAUACAAAACUGCAGAUACUACAUAGUGUUAUAUUAAAUCAUCCAAUUCCAACUUGGGGAAAUAGUGCACAUCCUUUUAUAAUAAUAAUUCACAAACUGGUCUUGGAAGAGUAUAUGUGGUUAGAUUAUAUAUGCUUUGGGUGGAAAACAUCAUAGUGAAAACAUAUCAUACCUGGUCCUGUGUAUUUCUGUUGUAGUCUUUGGUUGUAUGAGUGUGCCAUCUAGAGUUUUAAGCCCUCAUUAAUAUUUUUUUCUGUUGUGCCUACACCUUGUAUAACUUGGUUGCAUUUUAAAAUUUAAAAUGGUGGGAAGUUGUACUGAAGAUUAAAAAUUACUUAGUGUAUAACAUUUUACCUCCAAGCUAUUAAAAACCAGCAGUGCAGUUUUUUGUGCAGCAGGCACCUCCUGCUGAAAUAUGCUAUAUAGAAAGCUUUGUUCAGAGGCAGCUUUUAAUAUAACAAUGUCAGACUUGGGUAUUUAGUAUAUCAGUUUCUCUUUAAGGAAAUUUGUUCUGUUUCUUGUUUUCAGUUAUUUGAUGACAAUUUUCAUGUCAUUUGGCUGCUUAGUACUUUCUCAUUUUCAUUACUGUUUAGCAUCUCUUUGAAAUUACUAUUUAGCACUCUGAUUUGUGCUUGUAUUUUGGCAAGAUUUCCACAUAGUAGAGCUUACAAGUCAACCUUGUAAAUAUUUCAGGCAAAUUUGUGUUUACUUCAAAGGUUAAAUAAAUGACUCCAAUGAAAAUGCA